UUCGAGGGCCCCAAUACUUUUGACGUUCGAGGUGGCCGGAAGGCCCGCAUCACAGUCCGUUUUUUAGCUACCACCUUGUUUGCAGACGACGCAAGUUUGUCAGAUUUUUGACAUUUUCAUUAUUUUUGUCCUGCUAAUUCUGCCCACGACGACGUCGACGGUCUGUGUUCUUCCAUUUUAUAAAUAUUCUUCUUGUGGAGAAUAACUUCAAGAUUCACAAGAAAUGACAAAUGGCAAUGAAUACGACCAAUCUACAACUAAAUCAAGGAACUAACCGACUUUCCGUCUAAAAUUUAAAACCCAUCAACAUUUCCCCAAAAAUGGCAUCAGCUCUCUCGGCCCUGUCAAGUAAUGACAUUUUCAUCACGAGUCGAUCAUCAAGUGAUGCAUUGGGUUUAACCCUUUUGGGCUGUGAACAAACACAGAAAAUGAUUUCUCAAUUGGUCAGAAGUACCCCGGAGAACAUUAGUAAUUUGAUAUGCAGCAAAAACCAGAAGAAGCGGCGACGUUUGCAAUUUGAUGUUGCAUGUCCAGAAGAAACAGAUGGAGAUGAUGAGAUCAGCAAAGCAAAAAAGUCAAAGUCUUAUAAGAAGGACAAUCCCAGCUUCAUUGUCAAGAGCAAGGAAAUGAGAGCAUUUUUCAACCUUCUUGAUGAUAGCAUUAUAAGCAGUUUUCUGGCUCAUGAUAAGUGCAGGAGAAUCUCUGACAAGUAUCUGCUGGCAAUGACAUUUGCUUAUUUCAAGAGGGCAAAUUUUACAAUCCGAGAAUACAACCGAAUCAAUUUCUUCCGUGCACUAUACUUGGCAAAUGAUAUGGAGGAAGAUGAGGAGGACCUAAAGUAUGAAAUAUUUCCCUGGGGCCUUGGUCCAAAUUGGCAGCAACGGUACCCCGGCUUCCUACUGAAGCGAGAUCAGCUAUGGAAAAGAAUUGGAUACCGGGCUGUUGUGAGCAAAAAGUGUUGUGAUGAGGUAAUGGCAAUAGAACCAGACCAUACGUCGUGGAAAAGGGUGCGUCCUGAGCAUCAUGGUGGCGCUGGUAGAGAUUACAUGAGAAAUCCCAGUGACACUUUAUUCCCCCGUGGACCUAGUGGAUCACCUCGUUACUGUUCUCAGUGUGAUACAUCAUCGGUUGAAUACGAUUCCGCAAGUCCUGACAGUAUUUCAUGGUACAUUUCUAGUCAAGAUUCGUCCCCAGGGUCACCAUUCCCUAAAGUUCUAGUGGUGACUGCUCCAUCAAGAUUUGACAUGGAAGGUCUGAAGGAAACCCUGCCAGAUGAUCUUAUUUGGGCACAUGGUGAAGAGUAACUCAGGAAAGAGGAUGAUCAGUUGAUAAACAAUACAAUGUGGUCAUCCUGAAUGAACAGUCACAUAUACAAGUGUAUGCCGACUGCUGUGAGGCCAGUUAACAUGGGAUUGAGCAGACAGGUCAACUGCAGAUCUGUUUAGUAUUGCCUGGACUGCUGGGUCUUUCUUAGUCAAAGGAGUAUGAAUAUCUAACAA